ACCACCCUACACUAGCUGAGCCUCAGCUGUGCGCGUGCGCGUGAGAUUGUACGUGUGUUUAUUUAUUUCUAUGCGAAGUGUUGCGUCUUUCAACUGGCGUAGGGAUUAAAACAGCGUCGAUCCAGAAUGAUCUGAAGUAGGAGAAGGUAGAGAGGGGCUGGGAUGGCGGUGUGUGCUCUAACUGUGCUUGACGGGCUUGGGGAGGAGGCUACGGCUUUGGGUGGUGUGGUCGUCCUGUUCCUGGCCCUGGUUCUUGCCUGGCUGUCUACCCACGUGGCUGACCGUGGAGAUCACAUUCUGGGGACCAUUCUUACCGUAGGCGCCCACGCCUCCCUCAUUGGCCUUGGGGGACACGACAGUUAUGCAAGCUCCCCUCCCAGCUCAGAGCCCAGCGAGCAGCCGGACGAGGAGCCCACAGAGGAGGAGAAACAAGAAGAGGGCGAGGGCAGGCCGGAUGGGGGAGAUGAUGUGCCUGGAGAAGAGCUGCUGGAUAUUCAGGGUGGGAGGAAGAAAGUGAGCUAUGUUCAAGGUGAUGAAAAUGAAGAGGGGAUGGAAGAGGAGUCCGAGGACGAGGCCACCAGCAUCACGGUGAGACUGAAGUUUCUAAAUGACACUGAGGAGCUGGCAGUGCUCAGACCGCAGGACACUGUUGGAUUGCUGAAGAGUAAGUACUUCUCUGGCCGUGAACAUCAGAUUAAGCUCAUCUACCAGGGCCAGCUGUUGCAGGACCCCCAGCGCUCUCUCCUGUCCCUCAACAUCACCCAUAACAGCGUGCUGCACUGUCACAUCUCUCAAGCCCAGGCGCUGCGUGAGGCGUCCGCAGAGGAGAACCCUCGAGCCGGGAGAGGCUCCAUGCUCAGCGGGGGGCUGCGGUCGGCCGGCCUGGCUCUCAGCACAGGAAGCCUGGUGAUCCCCGUGUUCGUGGUGCUGCUUGCCGUGGUCUGGUACUUCCGAAUCAACUACCGCCAGCUGUUCACUGCCCCGGCCACCAUCUCUUUGGUUGGGGUCACGGUCUUCUUUAGCUUCCUCAUCUUCGGCAUGCACAGUCGAUGAGAGGACGAAUUCUGCCAAUAUUAGGAAGACGAAA